UUACAACCAGGAAGUAACACACAGACAGCAGCUUUAGCAUGCUAGCAUUUGCACUCGCACUUUUUAGUACUUGACAUCUUUUUUCCGUCGACCCGGACAUAAUAUCUGACAAAGACAGAAUAUGAGCGGAAACAGUGAUGACAUCAAGCCUAUUUCCUGCACAGUUAAACCUCCAGUCUUCCUGCAGAUCGGAGAAACCAAAACAGACACGUCCCGGUCCGGUGUGUGCGUUGUCGACGUUUCCCUCCCGUUUGGAAAACCUGUCAAUAUCGAGGAAAUCACUUUUAAGAACUACUACACAGCUUAUGUGACGGUGCGUCUGCUGAGGCGGAGCCCCGGGCAGGAGGCGGCGGCCAAGUGGUGGACCGCUCUGAGAGACCUCCCCCUGAUGGACAACCCCCACACUGAGGGCGGAUCCCAGGACUACUUCUCCAUCCACAGGACACAGAUGAAGGUGGAGCCGGACCAUGUGGUGUCUGUCAGACUGAUCCUGAGGCAGCCGUCUUCUGCCUGGCUGACCUUUAACCUCGAGGAGAUCAAAAUCUUCCGUUUCAUGGAACCAGACCCAGAGAAGGAGGUUUCGGACUGGCUGUCGGACCUGACCCUGGUGGACCAGCAUCCUGAUCUGGAGGGCCUCCCAGACCCACAGACUGUCUCGUCCAGUAUCCAGCAGAUGUGGGCUCUAACGGAGGUGAUGCAGACCAACCAGACCACCGCCUCCAUUGGACGCUUUGAUGUCGACGGCUGCUAUGAUAUCAACCUGCUGUCCUUGACAUAACACGGCCGCGGUGCUCUUCCGUGCAUAUACAGAUCAGCUGACGGACAUGUUGAAGAGCGCACUGUGGUGCAUGAAGGACUGAUGAAGAAGAGCUCAUCACACAUUCAUCCUGUCUCCUGUUAUCAAACAUGUAUUAUGUAUAUGAUACUGGACCGCCUGGGGCCAGUAUCACCACUACUAGGAAAACAUCCACCCUGCUGCUUCUGAAGACUGUAAAGGAAAUUAUUGUUUUGAAUGUUUUAUUUAACAAUAUUUAUUGAGCUAAAGACAGUAACAGAAAAACUGCUUAAACUGCUGCAUAUAUAAUGUCAUCCUACAGUAUUCUGUUUAAACCGUUAAGUACUGUUUUACUCUCAUGGAUGCAAAUAAACGUAUCUCACUGUA